GUGGCAGUCUUCCUCCGCCUUCAAGCCAUUGAGAGCCUUACGUCUUCUUCCGCCUGCUCCGCUGUUGAAGACUUGUAGACCCAUGGCUCUGGGCUUGGCAGGAUUAUUACAGUGGCGACCUGUUCCUGCCUUGUCACAGCACCGUCAAAAGAUACAGGUGGCUUUUCAGGAGGAAAAGCAUUGUCAUGUGGUAUCCUCACCACAUCCUGGCAGUGCUGCUGCUGCUCGGUCCAUGACUGCUCGUUCCUCAGAGUUACCCCUGCUUAUUCCUCAGCGAACCUCCCUGGAGCUCAGUCCAUUAUCUGCCCCCUGGGGCCAUGCUGGGCAGCAGCACAGCUCUGUGCCCUACUCCCAAGGAGUACAGUGCUUUUGACUGAGACCCCCUCUUCACUGGAUCUCCAGUUGUACCCAACUGUGUUACAAGGAUGGACACGCUACCUUUCAUCCCAUUGAUGCAGGACCACAAGCGGAGGGGAGGCCAGGUUGCGCUGUACGAGUGCUGCUAUGGCAAAAAAAAGAAAAUCCCUGGUGCCAAGCGCAGGGAGUGAGAUGCACCCGUCAGUCAGCAAUGUGAAUGUGGGCAAUACAUCUUGUAGAGCUCCAGUUCCUAGUAAUUCAUUCCCUGUUCCCACAAGAAUGGUUUGAUCUCCCCAGGUUCGAUACAGGAUGACCAUGAAUAGAAGGAGUGAAAACUAAUGCAAGAAUGACCAUUUGCUUGCUGUGGCUUACCAGUAUCAUGUCGGUUUACAGAGACGGGGAAUAGAAUUGGCAAUAGCAGAGCAGGUGUCUUGUGCUGAGUCCAAAUUCAGGAUUCUUGCACACUUGUUUUCUCCACAGCCUUGAGCAUUGUGCAGUCCCCCCUGCCCCAUCCUGCAGCCAAGUCUCUACAGAACUGCAGCAAUAUUGAACAAUUUCGGUAAAAAAACCUGCCCAUAACGCUCCAUGAUAGAAAGAUAAGAAGCUUCGCGCUGGGCUGCUAAAGGGUUAGCAAGGCACACAGAAAACGGGCCUGGGAGAGGAGUUGUGGGAGUGACUUGGCAGCUGUUCAUGAUAGGAUAUACUAUAGAUCCCACACAGCUCUUCAGAUGAUCUGUGAACUUUUUCUUUCAGGGAUAUUUUGUGAGGAAGAGUGCAGUGUGUUAAUGUUAAAAGCAUACCAGUAAAGGCAGAUGAGGAGACUACAGUCCAGACUCCCAUUAAUAAUACCAUUUGUUGGGGUAUAGACUUCCAUGUCGGGCCAGAUGUUCCUGAUGUGGGAUCGGUGAAAGACGGCACCCUGUGUGAUAAAGACCAGAUGUGUAUAAACAGAACCUGUGUCAGCACAAAUAUUCUGGAGUAUUACUGCCGUGAUGAGAAAUGCAACGGCCAAGGGAUUUGCAACAGCAACGGAAACUGCCACUGCGACUUUGGAUGGGCCCCCCCAUACUGUACAGAGAAAGGAUCUGGAGGAAGCCUUGACAGUGGCCCUCCUCCGUCUACCUCUACUACAUCCUCCAAUACCUUUUUAAUAGGGAUAAUCGUAGGAAGCGUGAUUCUCCUGCUGCUUAUCACCAUUGCAGUGUGUAGUAUUGCCUGUCGCUUUCGAAGGUCUGGUCAGAAAUCACAGACAAGCAAGAAAAAAAACGAUUCUUCUGCUAGUGUAGGCAAGGGCAGUCAAAAGUAAUCAGGAGCAAUUACGUCUUUGUGCACCAAAAAGGUCAGACCAGCAUUUUGCCAACUGCUGAUGUAGCGUUUCAUAAGUUCCAGCUCGUGGGAUUCAUCAAAAGCCUUCUUAUAUCCUCAACCCUAUCAGCGUCUGUCUAUUUUUGUUCACCGGUUAAAAUCUUGAUUUUGCUUAAAUAAAUGUGUUUUCUCCUUGUUUCUGUGUUUCUUUUUGUA